AUGUCUCUCCGAUCUACCAUUAUGGCUGCGGCAACCAUGAUUGCCGCCGUCAACUCACACAUGAUCAUGAAGCACCCUGUACCAUUCAGUGUUGACAAGCUCGACAACUCACCGAUUUCUGCUUCCCAGUUUCCUUGCAAGUCCAACAUUGGCUUCACUGUCUCUGAGAUGAACCAGAUGGCUGUAGGAGAGGAGCAGGAGCUUAGCUUUACAGGAAGUGCUGUUCAUGGAGGAGGCUCAUGCCAGCUCAGCGUAACAAUGGAUACCGAGCCAACAAAGGACUCAGUUUUCAAGGUUAUCAAGUCCAUCGAAGGUGGAUGCCCAGGUAUCUCAGAGGCUGAGACGUUCAAGUUCCAACUUCCUGACAGCAUCCCCAACGGCAAGGCUACAUUCGCCUGGACUUGGUUUGCGAAGCUCAGCGGUGGCCCAGAGAUGUACAUGAACUGUGCACCUAUCGAGGUCACUGGUGGUGCUAGCGACAAGUCCAAGUUUGACGCACUUCCUGACAUGCUUGUUGCCAACCUCGCUGGAGCCACCACCUGCAAGCAGGAGGUCAGCAAAGUUCUGAAGUUCCCCAACCCUGGAUCUGUCCUCGAAACGGGUGGAGACGCGGCUGAUAUUCUCGAUCCUACUGGUGACUGUGGAUCUACUGGUACUACCCCCUCUGAUCCUUCUCAGCCCUCUUCCCCUGCUGGUGGAGCGCCCUCCUCCGCUCCCUCUGCUCCUGCUGGUGGCGCUCCCUCUGCUCCCUCUCCUCCCGUUGCUGGCCAGCCUUCUGUCGCUCCCACCUCUGCAGUUGGAGGCCAGCCCACUGUUGCCCCAACUCCCCCAUCUGGUGCCGCCCCAUCACCUCCAUCUGGCAGCAAGCCCUCCGCCGCACCCCUCCCUCCCAACGGUGGCGGUGUCUUCGCCCCCGGAGCCUCUAGCGGCUCUCCCGCCGGUCCUACCGCCCCAGCUCGCCCCUCAACCUCCACCACCCUCGUCACCGUCACCGCAACCCCCACUCCCCCUGUCCGCCCUACUCCUUCUGCAGGCACCGGUUCUCCCGCUACCCCCACCACUCCUUCUACUCCUGGUGGUGGCUCAGGUGCUCCCUCCACCCCUGGCGGCGGCUCAUCCGCCUGCUCCGAAAACGGUACCAUCGUGUGCAACGGCGCUACUCAGUUUGGUAUUUGCAACAAUGGCAAGCUUGUCUGGCAGGAGGUUGCGGCUGGUACUACCUGUGCUAAUGGCAGCAUCACCAAGAGGGGCUACAAUGGACGUAUUGUACGCUCGCACUUGAUGAGCCGUCGGGUUGGUCACUACUAG